AUGGCUCAACAAAUGUUGGCAUCUAGAGGUAUGCGUUUCCUUAUGGCACGCUGUCGACCGGCUCCAUUGUAUACCUGGACGGUGAAAUCAACAACCCCAGCAAUGGCAGCCUCUACAAAUACAACAUGGUAUAUUCGGCCAGUGCAACCAACUAUGACGGCAGCCUAUUCAAAGGAUACAAGAAACAAUUCUCCCAUUCAACCACCGAACAUUAAGCUACCCAAUCGUGAUCAGGUGCAAAAAUACUUUUUCACCGCAUUGGUAUAUGUUUGGGAUUUCUGUUAUUAUGUAUUUUGUUUAACCCUACGAUUGGUGGAUACAUAUAUUUUGAAGAAUCCCACUCUCCAGCAGUAUUGGAAACAAUUUAUGAAACGCUUGGACGAACAGCGUGAAGCAAUGAAAUCAAAGAAAUAG